GCUACCGUGACAGUACUUCUUGAUGCACAAGUGUUGUGACCGGGGUGGACCGUUAUUGUCACAUUGUGCGGAGCCAAUACAACCGUCAGAGCAUUUUACGGGGAUAAAGGCAAAACACUGCAACAUCAAGCCGACAUGGGGAAGGUGGAAGGUGGAAUGAAAUGUGUGAAGUACCUUUUGUUCGUGUUCAACUUUAUAUUCUGGUUGAUGGGAUCCUUUGUUCUGGCAGUGGGGCUGUGGCUGCGAUUUGACCCAGAAACUGUGUCUCUGCUCAAUGGUGAUAAGGCUCCAGACACUUUCUUCAUUGGUGUGUAUAUACUGAUUGGUGCUGGCAGCUUGGUGAUGUUGGUUGGUUUCUUUGGCUGCUGUGGAGCUGUCCGGGAAUCUCAGUGCCUGCUGGGUUCGUUCUUUGCCUGUUUGUUGAUCAUCUUUGGGGCUGAGGUGGCAGCUGGAGUGUUUGGAUUCUUAAACAAAGACAAGAUAAUUGAAGAUGUUCAGAACUUCUACACAACAACUUACAAUGAAAACAAUAACAGCACUUUGAUCAUCUCAUACCAGAAAGUACUGAACUGUUGCGGAACCUCAGCAAACCCCUGCCCUGAUUCCCAGCCAGAUACCAAGGACUGUCAGGCAGGCAUCAAGGACUUCUUCAACAGUAAACUCUACAUCAUCGGGUACGUGGGCAUUGGCAUCGCUGGAGUCAUGAUCAUUGGGAUGAUCUUCAGUAUGGUUCUCUGUUGUGCCAUUCGCAACAGCAGGGAGGUCAUCUAAGCUGGAUCCUUGACUUCUACCCCUCACCCCUCCUUUACCCACCCCUGAGAGACUGUACAGCCAUCAGAUCAAAUGUCAACCCCUGUCCAUCAUCCAGCCAGGAACCCAGGAAAUUGGCUAUGUUUUAAAAAAUUACGUUCCACUAUGGUGCUCAACCCAACUCUCCUGGCCUGAUCUUUCUGAAAUUUUCUUCAUUUAUUUGCCAUCACUAACUAUGUAGCAGCCUCGUCUCUCUAUAUAACAGUCUGGUAAGACUUAGGCGGUUCACAUAUCCAGUGGAAACAGCAUAAUUUCAGAUGUUGCUCUGACAAUCUGUCAGAUUGUUUUUCCUCAUGGCCAUUUGGCUGCCACUACAAAUUUUAACCCACAUACUGUCGCAGAAGUGUCAAAGCUUUUUCACACAGCCUUGACACUGACCCCGUGGCUGUGGGAAACUUAAGCCCGGGAGACCAAUCUGAGGUGAAAGCAGCUGAGUUUGCUUAUCUGUGCACACACAAAUCAAGACACACACGGACGCACACACAGCACACAUAUAAACACAGCAAUGUUGUGUUACAUGAGACCACAGCCUUAAAAAAGGUUGUCUGGCGUCUCGUAGGGAGUCCUGAUUGGUGGAAUCAGAGUGGAGUGUCAAGAGAGGGGAUGGUCAGUGAAUGUUUCGAGAAUGCAUCCCUCAUGCAGCCCCAGUACAACAUACACACACACACUGUGAACUGUGCAAUCAACACCCAUUGCUCUUUACACUGGAAAUCCACAGUUAUCCAAAAGGAAUAGUUCAAUAUUUCGGGGAAUUCUUUCCUUCCCUUUCGUGCAGAGAGAUAGAUGAGAAGAUUGAUAGCACUUUCAUGUCUGUACAGUAAAUAUGAAGCUACAGCCAACAACUGGUCAGCUUAGCUUAACACAAAUACUGGAAACAGAGGAAAAUAGCUGGCUGGCUCUGUGUGAAUCUUCUUAGGCAGAGUUUGUUACCUUUGCACAGAGCCAAACUAGCUGUUUCCCCUUGUGUCCAGUUUUUAUUCAAAGCCAGCCCAAACUGUAGUCUUAUAUUUAACAUACAAACAAAAUGCUGAACUAUUCCUUUAAAGGACUGUUGCAGUGGAUUUGCCCAUUGUUUUACUCCAUUUAUUUCAAAUCAUGUAAGAAAUGGCUCACAUACAAGCUUCAAGAGUCCUCUGUUGACCAAAAAUAGAGAAAGAGGAAAAGCUGCAUGCAGUGGUAGAAAAAUGAAAUACACGGUUUGCAAUUAAGGAGCUGAAACUUACAGACACACUGGUCUGGUCCUCCAGCUGAAUUACAAACCAAACUCCCUUUUCAUCCCAAAGGAAAAUCUCCUCAUCCCCUUGGCGUAGUGAGACCCGGUGACAUAAAUACUUCUUCCCACCCUUAAUGACAUAUAUGCUCUCUUACAUAAGAGAGCACUCUUCAGUCUCUGUAGACUAUAUGUCAAGAAGGCCCAGAUCAUGUGGACAUGUUUUCAGGCUAAACAUAAACUAGCUGUUCAACUGAAAAUAGGCACUGUGACUGUGAAAUUAAGUUAUACUAGCUCUUUCCACUUCCAUCUUGUUCCUCCUCUGUGCCUUAAAAUUACAAAAAACACUUCUGUAUUCUUCUCACUUACUUAACCUCAGCAGAUAGGAGAGUUGCAUAGAGAUACCCAACUUGAAAUCAGUUCCAUUUAUCGGGGUUAAAUGAGGCCACUGUCUGAAUUUGAAUGGUUUAUUCCAAGUGUCACACUUCCUUUAUGUAAAUAUCUUUUGUUUUUGGUUUUUUUUUUUUUUUUUUUUUGUAGUUGUACAUUAUUAUGUGGCUGAUGUGAUAGUUACUAUUUAACAUGCUGUGUGUCUAGAUAGAGGCUUGCAGUAGUUGUACAGUUGUUGUAGUGAUGACAGCGUAGUCAAAGCAGAUCCACACGGCCAAAACAGUUUCUUAACGUGCCUUUCUUUGAUAACGAGCUAUUUUUGAACAACAGGCUGUCUGAACGUAGCAAAAGUGUACAUAUGUUUGUAGAAUUGGACUGCAAAUAAUUGUUGUAAACAUUGGACGAGUAGCACAAAUGGCUCGACUUGCCAUUAUUGUUUUUAGUGUGUUUAAAAGUGUCACACUCGACGGUGUCUUCUCAGCCAAGAGAGCUGAAGUGGUGAAAACAGUUUGUCUUCCAACUAUUUCAAAAGCCUCUUGGUACUAAUAAAAAUCCAUUCUGAGGACUCAAAACAAUAAUAUUGUUGAAGUCCAGAUGAUCAAACUACAUGGGACACAAGCACUUGUUCAUAUUACUUUUGCUGUUUGUUUGUUUUUUUCUUUGUUUUAUUUUUUUUUUACAUUUCAGUGUGACGUUACACAUGUGAGGAGACAACAAAGGCUCCCUUACCACUUCAUGCUGUUGGGUUGCUAGUAGGCAGUGUUUACUCUGAGGACUGAGAUGACACAACAGAGUCACUGGACUGCCACUUCAGAGGCUCCAUGAAAUUAAAAUCCAUUUAAGGAACAGUUCAGUGCUACUCAAUCCAAAAUGCUGUUACCGUUCCUGCUCCUCUGUUAUAUUUGUUUGAGAAAAUCUGGAGACGUAAUGUACUGUGCACCUAACAAACACCUUUGUACACGGUCGAGCCUUUCAUAGUUGAUUGUGUGUUAAUUUAUUUUAAUACCAUUCCAGGCUUCUCAGGAAGAUAGGUGAUUGAAGUUUAAUAAAGCUUUUAAAGUUUUACAGUU